AUGUUUGACUUGAAUUGGAAGGACCUUUUAACCAACCGCGACCGUCGAGGAUUCCCCGAGGUUGUGUUACCUCUUGCCAGUGGCUCUGCACCAAAGACUCAAGACCCCACAAAUAAUGGAUCAAACUCCAGCCUUGAUAGAGCUUCCCUUCAAGAGAAGGGUACUAGCGGUGCUCAUGCUGGUACAACGCUAACCUUGGAAGCUCUCCGAGCUGAAGUUGAAUCCGAUAUCGCUGCUUCGGGCCACGACACUGUUUACGAUCGGAAAGCGAAAAUCAUCAAUCGAGCCGUUCAAGACAUUGGCAUGGGUAGAUACCAAUGGGGGCUGUUCGUUCUCUGCGGCAUGGGCUGGGUUGCUGACAACCUCUGGCUGCAGGGUGUUGCCCUCACUUUGACUCCGGUCGCUAUGGAGUUUGGUGUUUCUGAGACUGAUUCUCGAUUUGCGACCUGCUCUCUCUUUGUCGGUCUCAUUAUCGGUGCUUCAUUUUGGGGUAUUGCUUCAGACGCAAUUGGCAGACGCCCAGCUUUCAAUAUGACCCUCUGUAUCUGUGGUACUUUUGGUCUUGCUGCUGGUGGCGCACCGAGCUGGAUUGGCACAUGUGCGCUUUAUGCCUGUUUGGGGCUCGGUGUCGGCGGAAACUUGCCUGUUGACGCGGCCGUCUUCCUGGAAUGCCUUCCUCCCAAUUCUAGUAGUAUUCUCAGUGGACUGGCUACAUGGUGGUCCGCUGGUACUUUGAUUGCCAGUAUGCUUGCUUGGGCUUUCAUCCCCAACUUCUCCUGCGAAAGUUAUGCGACAUGCACAAAGGCAAACAACUGGGGUUGGCGAUACCUUGUAUUGUCUCUUGGAGCCAUGACUUUCGUCGGUUUCCUCUGCCGUUUCUUCCUCUUCACGUUGUACGAGUCGCCAAAAUUCCUUGUCUCCAGAGGUCGUCAAGAAGAGGCUGUGGCUGCUGUUCAAGGAAUUGCCUACAAGAACAAGACCACCACAUGGCUCACAGAAGAAAUUCUCAAUGAGAUUGGGGGAUAUCCUGAAGAGGAUAAGAAACAGGGCCUUUCUACUGGAGAAAUCAUCAAGAGGUCUCUCGAAAGAUUCUCAUAUCAGCAGGUUGCCCCGCUUUUCAAGAACAAGCGAACCGCACUUUCAACCAUUCUCAUCUGGUUCUGCUGGACAUGCAUCGGAAUGGGCUACACACUUUUCAACGCUUUCCUCCCGCAAUACUUGAGUGCAAACUCUACCACCUACGAGACCUAUCGGAACUACGCCAUCACCGCAGUAUGUGGUAUUCCCGGGCCGCUUCUCGGAUGGGUGACCGUCGAUAUCAAAUACAUCGGUCGCAAGGGAACGAUGGCCGGUUCGACUUUGAUCACAGGAAUUCUCUUAUUCUGCUUCACGGCUUCGAAGGAUCCAAAUAUCCAGCUAGUCUGUUCCUCACUGGAGUCAUUCUUCCAGAUGAUCAUGUACGGUGUUCUGUAUGCCUACACGCCUGAGGUUUUCCCUGCUCCCAAUCGUGGCACGGGAUCUGGUAUUGCUAGUUGCUUGAACCGAAUCGCAGGUCUCAUGGCGCCAAUCAUUGGAAUUUAUGCCAGUACUGAUCCAGUCGCGCCCAUUUAUGCCGCCGGCGCGUUGAUCCUGGCUUCGUUUGUGGCGAUGUGCUUCCUUCCUAUCGAGACGCAGGGCAAGCAGUCACUUUAG